GUUGACUGCUGGUGCGAAGCUACAAUAAGAACAAGAGUGUGACCUUGUGAAACGCCUCCAACAAAUGCAACAGUAGCACAGAACAAAGCGUUUUUAAGAGAACGACGUGUCCUUUAUCUUCGUGUUAUCUUCAUGUUUUGUUCACUUUUAUACAGGGUCAAAGUCUAACCUUGUGCAGAAAGGACUUGUAGUUUUCAGGGGCGAUGUCCUCCCAGGUCAGACUGAGGCUGCUGCCGAGCUCCAGGUGUUUGUUCGACGAGCCCGUUCAGGUGAAGGUGGCCGGCCUGAUGUCCAGGCAGGUGGUCACCAUGAGAGCCAGGACCACCGACGAGAAGGGAGUGCUGUUCAGCUCCUCGGCCUCCUACAGGGCCGACGGGAGCGGGGAGAUCGACCUGGACCGGGACCCCUCGCUCAGCGGGAGCUACGUCGGGGUGGAGCCCAUGGGUCUGCUGUGGUCGAUGAGGGCGGACACCUUGCACAAAAGGCUGAUCAGGACCAAGGCACUCAACCCUCAUGUGGUGAAGUUUUCAGUGCACGAAGAGGAGGGAAGGAUGCUGGCUGAGGAGACCAACGAGAGGUUUCUGAUGGCAGACGGUGUCACCCGGGUCCCCAUCAAAGACGGGAACAUCAGAGGAGUCUUGUUUACUCCCCCAGGAAAAGGUCCGUUCCCUGCUGUGUUGGAUCUGUACACGUUUGGUGGAGGUCUGUCGGAGAAGAGGGCGUCUCUGCUGGCCAGCCGAGGGUUUCUGGUCCUCACCGUGGCUCUGUACGGCCACGCUGAUAUGCCGAGGAACAUCACAGAGGUCCACCUGGAUUAUUUUCAAGAAGCUAUAGAGUAUUUAAGGAAACAGGAUAAGGUGGGCAGUAGAGGAGUUGGAGUUAUAUCCCUGUCAAAAAGCGGAGAUCUCGCUCUCUCAAUAGCCUCCUACCUGGAAGGUGUUGAGGCCACGGUGUGGAUCAAUGGCUGCUCCGCCAACGUAGCUCUGCCACUCUUCUUCAAGAAGAGACUCAUCCACCGUGCUUUACAGUUUGACAUGAGCAAAGUGAUCACCACUGAGUCCGGGGCCAUCAUUCCCAAACAUGCCGGCGAGGAUCCCCUGGCAGAGGAACACAGGGACACCCUGAUCCCCAUUGAACGAGCCGGGGGGCGUUUUCUCUUCGUGGCCGCGGAGGACGACCUCAACUGGGACAGCAAGGCCUACAUGGACGAGAUGGUGGAGAGGCUGAAGCGUCACGGGAAGCAGAACUUUGAGAGCGUGUCUUACCCCGGGGCGGGACACUUCUUGGAGCCGCCUUACGGGCCCUACUGCCUCUCCAGCGUCCACAGCGUUGUGGGGAAGCCAGUAUUGUGGGGGGGUGAACCGAGGGCCCACGCUGCAGCUGAAGUCCACAUGUGGAAAAAGAUCCAAGAGUUCUUCAGAACUCAUUUGAGAUGCGAUGCUACUCAGACAAAAGCCAGGUUAUAGAUUCAGAUAGUGUGACAAGUGCUACUGAAACUGAUGGUUUAUUAGUUUGUGUAUUGAGAUGGGGAGGAGGGGUUACUGACAGAGUUUAAUAAAAUAAAAUCCUGUAUAAAGUUGUGUUGCAAAUUGA